UUCGCGUGAUUGACUAGCCAAUGGAUGGUAAUUAUCCAAAUGUCCCCUCUGUCCUUUGACUGACUUCUAUGUAUUAUGGGCAACUGUCAUGCAUUCUGUCAUUCCAUAUCAUAUUACACGUAUUAUCAUAUGAAGUCCCCCCCCUUAAAAAGGAGAGAGCCUUCCUGUAGAAGGAAGGGCCCCUGGAUAAUCGGUGCUGGGCACGGUUGGAAUACCGAGCAGGAGACUCACGAGAUGGGAGGGUGUGCAGACCAUGCCGUCCAUCAGUAGUGACCGGGCUGCGCUGUGCGCUGGCUGCGGGGGCAAGAUCUCGGACCGCUACUACCUGCUGGCGGUGGACAAGCAGUGGCACAUGCGCUGCCUCAAGUGCUGUGAGUGCAAGCUCAACCUGGAGUCGGAGCUCACGUGUUUCAGCAAGGACGGCAGCAUCUACUGCAAGGAAGAUUACUACAGCCCCUGCCUCCCUGGUCCCUACAGGCGGUUCUCCGUGCAGCGCUGCGCCCGCUGCCACCUGGGCAUCUCGGCCUCGGAGAUGGUGAUGCGGGCUCGGGACUUGGUUUAUCACCUCAACUGCUUCACAUGCACCACGUGUAACAAGAUGCUGACCACCGGAGACCACUUCGGCAUGAAGGACAGCCUGGUCUAUUGCCGCUUGCACUUCGAGGCGCUCCUGCAGGGCGAGUAUCCGGCGCACUUCAACCACGCCGACGUGGCGGCGGCGGCGGCUGCAGCGGCGGCGGCCAAGAGCGCUGGGCUGGGCGCAGCCGGGGCCAACCCGCUGGGUCUUCCUUACUACAACGGCGUGGGCACAGUGCAGAAGGGGCGGCCGCGGAAGCGCAAGAGCCCCGGCCCUGGGGCAGACCUGGCGGCCUACAACGCUGCGCUGAGCUGCAAUGAGAAUGACGCAGAGCACCUGGACCGCGACCAGCCGUACCCCAGCAGCCAGAAGACCAAGCGCAUGCGCACCUCCUUCAAGCACCACCAGCUUCGGACCAUGAAGUCUUACUUUGCCAUUAAUCACAACCCCGACGCCAAGGACUUGAAGCAGCUGGCGCAGAAGACAGGCCUCACCAAGCGGGUGCUGCAGGUCUGGUUUCAGAAUGCCCGGGCCAAGUUCAGGCGCAACCUCUUACGGCAGGAAAACACGGGCGUGGACAAGUCCACGGACGCGGCGCUGCCGACGGGGACGCCGUCGGGGCCGGCCUCGGAGCUCUCCAACGCCUCGCUCAGCCCCUCCAGCACGCCCACCACCCUCACAGACUUGACCAGCCCCACCCUGCCCACCGUGACGUCCGUGCUAACUUCUGUGCCUGGCAGCCUGGAGGGCCAUGAGCCCCACAGCCCCUCACAAACGACUCUUACCAAUCUUUUCUAACGACGCGCGCCCCCCGGCCCCCAGCCCCACGAUUUCUUUAAAAAAGAAAUUAUCUUUAGUUGAAUUCCAAGUGUAUUUUAAAAUAGAGGCUUUGAGCAACUAACUAACCACAUUUUAGGAUCUCGCCUGGAAACAGAGGGAAAAAAAAAAUAAUUGCGCGGCCAGCUCCCGCAGUGGGGCGGACUGUGGAAUUACUUGGAAGAUCAACCUACAACACAACAUUUGUGUCACUGUACAGUUUUGUGGACUGAGCGAGGAAAAACAACAAAUAAUUUAAGUUGGCUAGAGCUUCUGUAUUUUCAAAGACUGCCACGUGCCUUAGGAAUACUGUUUUUUCUCCAUACUUGGGAUGACUUGUUCAUUUUUCUCUCCCUCUUUUUCUCUCUGUAUAUUUAUGACCAGAGCAAAAAUGUAAAAAACAAAACAAAACAAAAAAAAAACAAACAAAAAAAGUUUGUUACUUUGAAUAGUCCUAAAAAGAAAAAAAAAAAAGAAAUCAAACCCCCUCCAACGGUCGCUUUGUUGUUUUAGAAUUUUAAGGUGGAAGUCUGUUCGAAUAUCCGAAUUUGUAAAAUCUAACCAGUAAUAAAACCACUUAUCGAAACUA